AUGUGCUCACCUGCCAUGAUCUUGCAAGGGUUAUUCACAGUUGCAAUGAACUGCUUGUCUGAUUUAGGUUGUACUACGAUGUGUGUAGGACUCUUUCUGCGAUGACUUUAGCCAGGCGCUUGGCUGCGUUGGGGACUCUCAUAUCCCUUCACAAGUUCCCGAUUCGCAGCCCACAUAUGAGUCCAAGGUCACCCCUUUGUAUGUGUCUGGCCUGGGGGCUCAGGUAGCGGCAGAGGUGGCGGCUAGGCUGGCCACCUCUAAGAAGAACAAGAACCGCAAGGAAGUGGAGAGGGCCUUGAAGACCGGGCUGGAAAGGAAUGCCACCACGAAAUGGCUUCCAUUCAUGUCCAGCUUCGUGUUGGAGAAGAUGUGCGGCUUGAUCCAGAGCGGAGUGGGAAUUGACAAAGGCUUCAAGGAAGUCCAUCUCAAUACUGUGGCGAAGGGCCUAGCUGACCACUGUGGUGUGACCGUCCGCUCCAUUUAGGUGUACAACCACCUGAGAAAGUGUAGGCAGAGGUGGCUCACCAUUAGCAGGCUCCGCGAUCUAAGCGGUGCUCAGUGGUGCGAGGACACCAAAUGCAUCGUCCUUGAGGGUGAGCACUACUGCGGGCACGUCGAGGAUCACCCAAAAGGACGCGGAGUUCCUGAAUGUGCCCAUCGCCAACUACAACGAGAUGCACACCAUCUUCUCCUUCGGCCUCGUCACCGGCAAGUACGCCAUGGGAUCUAGUGAGCCCCUGGGCUCGCCUACACCACCUCCUGCACCUGAGGAUGCUGACACCCAGGAGUCCGACAGGGUCAACCUCGAUGUUGACAAGCCCGCCGACGCGCCUGAGAAGCCGACCGCCGGCAAGAGGAAGAGAGGUGCCUUCGCAAACGACGAGCUGGUGGCCUUCACCAACACGGCUGUUGCUGUGAAGGAGGUCGCACAGGCCAUCCGGGCGAACAAGCCCACGGACAUGCACCCCGACAUGUACAAUGCGGUCAUGGACAUGCUUGGCUUCACCGAGGAUGAUCUCAUGGUCGCCUCAGCCACCUCAUCGACCACAAGGCCCAGGGAUACAACUUCGUCGGCAUGAUCGAGCCACACCGCGUCCUCUGGCUGAGGAACUACCUUGGCAAGUACCACAACAAGGUGUAGUGGUGCCCUUGAGGGGGUGGAUCAGGGUUGCAUGCAUGGAGAUGGUGAUGAUGAUGAUGAUGAUGAGGUAUAUUCUGGCAGUAGCUAGGAUGAAAAACAUUUGGCCUCCUUUUAUAAGUAUGAUGAGGUGGUAUAUACUAACCCCUCAGGUGAUGGUGAACUUUGCGGUGUUAGGAUGAGACACCCACUUUUGUUGUGGUGGUA